GAUUUAGGGCGUUGUGGGGUGUGAUUUCACUUCCCCACACGUAACCGUACUCCCGAACCCAGAACUUUAUCUUCGCAGACCAUGUCUCGGUUCUGACCCUAAGGUUAGAGCCGAUCCGAAGAGUGUUCGAUCCACUCCAAGUAAGAUCGAUGGCGACUCCCAAAAAUGCCGACGCGACGACAUUCGGACCCCCCGGACGGGACGGUUGCGACAGUUGGCGACUCCGCUGGGGACUUCGAGAGUCGAGCUACAUUUAUUAAGUCGAUAAGUUUUGCUUACUUUCUAUUACGUGUUGGAUGUUUACUACUUAUUUGUGCAAUUAUAUUUUCGCAAUCUAAAGUAUGCAUCAUGCACAAAAGCUCUAUGCCCGAGCUAUCCCUUUAGAAAAUUGAAAGGAGUACCUUGACUUCCGUAGUAGUGGUCGUCACGCAAAACUUUCUAACCAAGUUGAACUCGGAUCCGAGGAUGAUCUUGAGGUAUCUAGUCAGUUCGAAAGGGCUACGGCAGGAUACAACUUGGGAACCAAAUCCCUAGGAAUUCCCCUGCCAGCAUAUAGUAAGCAUAGAGGCCUCCCUAACCCGUCCAAAAUUAUCCCGAAACCACCCUAAAACCAUGUCGUUACGCUUCCCGAAAGCCUUAGGUCUACCUAAAUAGGGCAACGAUGUGAUUAUAUGUGUUUGCUUAUCUAAAUGGAUGUUUGCUUGUGAUUUAUUGAUAUUGUGUUUUAUCUUUUACUCGCAAAACUAUGUGAUUGUAUGAAUGAAAAAUGUUUUCAAAAUUCAUAAGCAUCAUUCUCUCGUAACAUUUUCAUUCACUCAUUUACAACUUAUCAUAAAAAGAUAAAAAUGCAUGCAUGAUGAAAGAUAAAUUUGCAUUCAUACAUCAUUAACACUUGCAUAAGCAUCACGCAUAUACAUACCCAUAAUAAAAAUGAAAAAUAUAAUUUGUCAAUUUUAAGAUGGUUCAGGGUUUCUAAAAUCAUUCAUCCACGUGGAAAGAGUCAAGUAUUUGACAAGAUCAAGGUUGAGCUCAUCAUGGAGGCAUUCCAGAAGAAGAUGGGUGAUGUUGAAGGAAAGUUGACCGGAUUCGAUGAAAAGCUAUCUGGGUUCAAUCAAAAGCUAGAAGGUGUCGACGAGGUGAAAAAUCAACUAAAUUUGCUUAUAGGGAUGAUGUCAGCAAAGAAGAAAGAGGUAGCAACCAAUGAUGAAGAAAUGUCAAUUUACAAUGACGAUAAUGGCAAGCCACAUAAUGGGGGCAAUUCGAGCAAGAAAUUCAUCAGUAUACCCAUAAACGAGAAGCUUGAUAAAGACAAAAUUGGAUCAUCAAAACUUGAUGACUCGCAAGGGAGACGGAAGUUAAAAGAAACUGUGAUCGAUGCCACAUCAAAAGAAAAACUUGAACGACUCGAUGAACGAAUAAGAGCUAUAGAAGGAACGGAGUCAUACGGGCCCACAGAUGCAUCGCAAUUAUGUUUGGUCCCAGAUGUGAUAAUACCUCACAAAUUCAAAAUGCCAGAAUUUGAAAAGUACGAAGGUGCUACUUGCCCUAGAAGUCACAUGGUUAUGUACUGCAACAAGAUGGCUAACCAUAUUCGGGAUGAAAAAUUGAUGAUACAUUGCUUCCAGAAUAGCUUAAGCGGUCCAGCUCUAAGAUGGUAUAUGCAACUCGAAAGAUCAAAGGUGAAGAGAUGGCAAGAUCUGGCUGAUGCAUUCUUCAGACACUAUAAGCAUAACCAAGAUUUAGCUCCAGACAGGGAGGACUUGCGUAAUAUGGAAAAACAUGAGAAAGAAUCUUUUCGCGAAUACGCCCACAGAUGGCGAACAAAAGCCGUAGAUGUUCAACCUCCUCUAUCAGAGAAAGAAAUGGUGUCAAUCUUCUUCGACACACUCAAGCCUCCCUACUACAACAACAUGGUAGGAAUAACCACGACUAACUUUAUCGAUCUUUUGAUAAUCGGUAAAAGGAUAGAAAAAGGGAUCCUGCAAGGCAAGAUGGAAAUACCAGAAGGCUCCGCGAGACUAAGCCAGAAAAAGAGAAAGGAAGAAGAGGUAUAUUCAUCCCACAAAGAAGCAAAAGAGAAAACACGAAAAAGCAAUUUUCAAAAUAAUCAAGCCCUCCCAUAUGUUGCAACUACCACACCAAUAUUGCAACCACCAAACUUCAUGAAAUCAACGAUCCAACAUCCCACACCAAUACCACGACAAGGUGCCAAUCGAGAUGUUAGUAUCACAAGGAAAGCAAAAAGGGUAUUUGACCCCAUCCCGGUCACGUAUACCGAACUCUUUCCUCGAUUACUCCAUGAUCAUCUAAUCACCCCCAUUCCGGGCGAGACUCUGCAACCUCCAUUUCCAAGGUGGUAUAGGUUCGACAAGCAUUGCGAUUACCAUUCGGGAGUCCAAGGGCAUUCAGUGGAAAAUUGCAACGCUCUGAAGAUAAAAGUUCAAGACAUGGUAAACGCCGGAUGGUUGAAGUUUGAAUAAGAGGAGAUCGUUUACACGUCAACAACAACCUGCUGCAGACUCAUGGAAGUCAAUAAGCAUAACCCCAAAUAAAUAUCGAGAUAGCUCGCCACGAUAAAAAUGUAUCACCUUUUGCUUUCAUCAUGAGAAAUAAAAGGUUACUCAUGUUUCUACCUUCUCGGAGCAUUUCGUGAUCAUUAUCAAUCUCGAUUUUGGAUUUCGCAUCAAUGGUCCCUAUCUUUCCCAAGUAAUAAAAAUACAUUUCACGA